AUUUUCUGUUAGAAUUUCGCGGGUGAUAACAUUUGAAGUUAUUUUUUAUUUUGAUGAAGCAUUAGUUACAGAUAAUAUAGGAAUUGAUAUAUUACUACCAUCCUUUCCAGCGGAUUAUUUCAAAUAUAUUUAUUACAUCUUGCAACACUAUGUCCGAUUCAUCAGAUUAUUGGUGUGAUUUGACAYUGGACCAAGAGACCCUCCAUAAUGUGGACGCACCAAAUAAUUCGCACAUAGAAGAGUGUCUAGGGUUUGAUAACAAUGUUGGCGAUUCAUGGCUAUAUCCUAGUAAUUUACCGGAGCGGACCUAUCAGUUAAGCAUAGUAAAAACAUCACUGUUCAAUAACACACUCGUUGUGUUGCCGACUGGGCUUGGUAAAACAUUCAUUGCUGCAGUUGUAAUGUAUAAUAUCUACCGAUGGUAUCCGACUAGUAAAGUCAUAUUUAUGGCACCAACUCGUCCAUUGGUGGCACAACAAUUUGAUGCAUGCCAACGUGUAAUGCCAUUUCCUGAUGAAGAUACUAUAGAGUUGACUGGUAGAUUGCAUCGCAACAGUCGUAAAGAAAUUUGGAAAAAGAAACGUGUAUUCUUCGCAACACCUCAGGUGGUACUGUCCGAUAUGAUUGCCGAUGAAGACAAAUGUUCGUCCGACUCAAAUUUUCCUUUUAAACAAGUAAAACUAAUUGUGGUAGACGAAGCUCAUCGGGCAAAGGGACGAUAUGCAUAUACAGAAGUAGUUCGAGCCAUGGAGAAACGAAAUAAUUACUUUAGAGUGGUGGCACUCUCAGCAACUCCUGGUCGUACGAUGGAAGAUAUUGCUGAAGUGGUACAAAAUCUGCUCAUAUCUCAGAUUGAAGUACGUUGUGACACGUCAGUAGAUGUACUGCCUUAUAUGCAUAAACGGGAUAUGAAAACUGUAGUAGUACAGCUUGGAAAUGAAAUGAAGGAAUUAUAUGCAGAGAUCUUAUCAAUUAUAGAUCCUUAUCUAAAGGACUUAAUUAGUGCUCAAGUAUUAAGAGGAUCGUUGAAAAACAUUUCACGUAAUUUCCUUUUGUUCGAACAGAAACGUUUUCGGGAGAUUAAUCAAAAUGCACAGGAUCAAAAAAAUGUAUUAGUUUCAAAAAAUUUUUCCUUUUGCAUUAGUAUGUAUCAUGCUCUAGAACUAUUGGAACGUCAUGGCAUUCGUGUAUUUCUUAAUUUUUUCGAGAAGGACGAAGAUGGGCGGAGUAAUUUUGUUGUAAAUGUGGAACCUAAAGUACGUAAUUUAUUGGAUCGUUUGCGUGAUCAGUUUGGUCGAGACUCUUUUGAAAUUUUAACAAAUAUGAUGGUUAAUGGUCAAUUCGUUAAAAUGCCAGACAAUUUUGACUUUGGGCACCCAAAGUUUGAGCAAGCAAGAACUUGUUUACUUCAGCAUUUUCAAAUUACACCAAACUCGCGUGCUAUAGUUUUCUGUGAAUAUCGAGAAACAGUUAUGCUGAUGUAUCGAUUAUUGUUACAGCAUGAGACGCUACUGAAGCCACGUUAUUUUGUAGGUCAAGGUGGUAACAUGGGUAGUUUGCGUUCACUAACACAAAAACAACAAAUUAAAAUUAUGGAUGACUUUCGAAGUGGAAAAUGUAAUAUCCUUAUAGCAACCUCCAUAGGAGAAGAAGGUAUUGAUGUUGGCGAAGUAGAACUAAUUUUAUGCUUCGACAUCAAUACUUCUAAUCCACAACGUUUUCUUCAAAGAAUUGGUCGAACUGGAAGGAAUAAACAGGGUAGUGUUGUGGUAUUAGUUACUGAAGGACGGGAAGAGCAAAUUUUCAAAAAUGUAUUAGCUCAAAAAAACCUAACUAAUCCAAGAAUGUUUCAAUCAAUGAUAGUAAAUAAAUCUCUAUAUAAGAAAUCACCACGAUUGGUCCCUACUGAUGUAGAUCCCAAAGUAAUUCGCGUUUUUAUAAAACCUACUAAAUCCAAAGAAAAUAAGGACAUAAAUUCAAAAAACAGAACAAAAAAAAAGGUUACGUUGAAUCCUAACUCAAUGUUUAUGGAUCCCUCACAGCAUGGUGUAGAAACACAGCAAAAUCUUGAAAAAUGUUUAAGAAGAAUCGAUGAAUAUUUCAAUACUUUUGAUGAUCCCGUGGCAUCUAAUACACAGUUGUUAAAGGGAACUACAUGUACGCAAAAAUUUGUUCAUAAAUUGAAUUCCUCUCAAGGAAUAUCUCUACAUAAUUCUCAACGUUUUCGUAAUCUAAAAAGAGUUCUUGAUAAAAAUUCAACUUUAAUACCUUCCAGAGAAAUUAUUACAAAUCCGAUAGAUCAAUUAAAGUCCUCCAAGGUAUCUAAUGAUGGAAAACGUUUUAUUUUGCGCACUCAACCAUCUAUUGUUAGUAAUAUUUUUGAUAAGAUGAAGUUGCUGGAAAUAUUACCUUUAAAACCCGACGAAAUGUCAGACGAAGAAAAAGAUAUCCGACAUUUGUACGACAUUAUUGAAAAACUGUUAGGGGGCGAUCUCUCUAUGGAAAAUUUCAUUGAUGAUGUUGAUAUUGAACACUUAGCUAGACAACGAAUGUAUAGACCUCCCUCUGAUAAUGAUCUAAGUGAUAGUGAGUACAAAGAUGUUUGCAAUACAAUAUUCGAUGGAUUGGAAGAACAAGGACUUUUAUGCGAUAAUUUUGAUUACAUACAAGAAGAGUUGAAGAAAACUAAGUUUUAUGAAGGCUCAUAUCCCAAACUAGAAAGUGACGAUUAUCAACAAAUAUCAUAUUCACCACCAAGAAAUGAUACCGAUUCAAUGGUAUAUGAAACUGUUAUUUUAGAUGAAGAAACUAAAAUCAGCACAUUUGGUGAAACUAGCCGAAAUAAUAAUAAUGGUGAUUAUCAACCUAUAUUACAUUCACCACUGAAUGAUGGCGAUUCAAUGGUAUAUGAAAAUGGUAUUUUAGAUGAAGAACCUGAAAUCAGCACAUUUGGUGAAUCUAGCCUAAAUAAUGAAUCCAUAUAUCAAGCUAAUUAUCAAAGGCAUAAACUUGCAAUAAAAGCAAGUGACAGGUUGACUCCAAUACAGAGUCCUUUAUCAAAAGCUUUUCAGCGGCAGCUUUCAAAGUUUGGAAAUGAAAUUCACACAAAAMGGAAAUCGUUGAAACUGGAGGACGAUCAUUUUGGUACACAUAACAAUGGAGAUAAAUCAUCUGACAUUAUAACAUUAUUUGAGACAUCAGAUGAAGACAAUCAGGUAGAAACAAGGGCCUUGAUCAGUGGAAGUUCAAAAAACUCUGAACCGAAAUGUAUAAAACCAAAUUUAAACAAAUAUUCAAAUGACUGCAAAAAAUUAAGCKUUAUUGGUGAUCCUUCUAAGCAAUUAUCACAAUCAACCCAGAAUGAUUUAGAUGUAGAUGUAAACGAUUUUUUGAAACCAUUUCCUGAAGAAACGCGUGACGAAUCAGUUGACAACAUCCCUACUUUGAAAUCCAAAAUUGAAGAUAGCCGUGUUUUUAAUAAUAAACCUUUUUACUCCUCAAAUUUUAAUUUAAUUCAAAAAGGAAAUAAAUUCACUUCUAACGYGAACUGUAAUUCAGAAGUUUUGGGUUCUAACACAGCCAUAACACCACCAGAAGAACGAAUAGAUCUAUCAGAGCAAUAUAGAAAAUCCUCAACCCUGUUCGCUCCGCUCAAAAAAGAAACUAAUGAUUUUUUAAAAACAUCAACUAAUGUCAAUCCUAAUUUAGAAAUGCAGAGUCCUAGUAGACCCAUAACACCACCAGAAAGAUUAUCAACUCAACCAGAGCUAUAUGAAAAAUCACCAACCCUUUUCGAAUUGUACUUGGAGAAUAUUAAAAGGUAUAAAGGGAACAUGCCGGAACAUAUAAAACAGUCCGUUGCCUUCGCAGAGAAACAGAUUCGCGAAGCAUCAUCUGAUCGGCAUUUAUUUUCAACAACAAAUUUAAGUUAUAAUGAAGAAAAAAAUAUUUCAUCGAGUGAUUCAGGUGAACCGAACGAGAGAGCAGUAAGGUCGGAAACUGGUUGUGAAGAGUUUAUUGAAACACAAAUUCCCAUUUCCGUUUGUACGGAAUCCAUUUCAGACACAUACAGAGAUUCAAGUGUUACUAAUGCAAAGGUAGAAGAAGGGUCUGAAACGGAGUGCGAAGAAAUCACUGGAACGCAAAAGCGGCAAAAUCGUCAUAAUGUGGAUAAUGAUCCUGCAUGUAGUAGCGACGAAUAUAGUGAAAGGCCCUAUAAUCAGUAUAUAAAAGAAAUGAAUUGGAAUGAAUUUACAAUAAAGGCAGGUAACAAGUCGACUCCAGUACAGGGUCCUUUAGCAAAAGCUUUUCAGCGGCAGCUUUCAAAGUUUGGAAAUAAAGUUCACACAAAAAGGAAAUCAUUGAAACUGGAGGACGAUAAUUUUGGUACACAUAACAACGAAGAUAAAUCAUCUGGCGUUAUAAUUUUAUCUGACACAUCAGAUGAAGAKUGUCAGGUAGAGACACAGGCCUUGAUCAGUGGAAGUUUCAAGAACUCGGAACCGAAAUCCAUAAAACCAAUUUUAAAUAAAUAUUUUAAACAAAUGCCUUCAUUAUCAAAAUCAACCCAAAAUAACUUAGACGUAGACAUAAAUAAUUUUUUGAAACCAUUUCCUGAAGAAACUGCUGACGAAUCAGUUGACAACAUCCCUAAUAAUCGACCUUUUUACUCCUCAAAUUUCAAUUUAUUUCAAAAAGGACAUAAACGCACUUCUAACGAAAACUAUAAUUCAGAAGUUUUGGAUUCUAACACCGCCAUAACACUAUCAACCCUGUUCACUCCGCUCCACAAAAAAGCUAAUGAUUUUUUAAACACAUCAAUUAAUGUCAAUCCCAAUUUAAAAAUGCAGAAUCGUAAUAGACCCAUAACGUCACCAGAACGAUUAUCAACUCAACCAGAGCCAUAUGAAAAAUCACCAACCAUUUCCGAAUUGUACUUAGAAAAUAAGAAAAUAUGUAAAGAGAACAUGCCGGAACAUAUAAAACAGUGCGUUGCCUUCGCAGAGAAACAGAUUCGCGAAGCAUCAUCUGAUCGGCAUUUAUUUUCAUCAACAAAUGUAAGUUAUAAUGAAGAAAAAAAUAUUUCAUCGAACGUUUCAGGUGAAGGGAAGGAGAGAGCAGUAGGGUCGGAAACUUAUUGUGACGAUUUUAUUGAAACACAAAUCCCCAACCUUUGUACAGAAUCCAUUUCAAACACACACAGAGAUUGUGUUACUAAUGCAAAUUCAGAAGAAGGGUCUGAUACGGAUUGCGAAGAAAUCACUGAAACGCAAAAGGCUGUUGAUUGCUUCCGAUUACAACGGCAAAAUCGUCGUCGUCUGGAUAAUUUUAUUGAUUAUGAGGCUGUAGCAAGUGGCGAUGAAAGUGACGAUGAAUAUAUUGAAAUGCCAUGUAGUAAGUAUAYAAAGGACUCUAUGAUUGUAUCGAGUGAUGAGUUGGAUACAAUAGACGAAAAUGCACCCACAUCCUCUCAGAUGCAAGCACAUUAUCUUCAAUCCAUUAAAAGCCCGAAACCUAUAGCUUGUGGUGCUUUCAGAAUUCCUCCCUUCCGGGAGUAUAAUGAUCUCAGCCAAAUUUACUCACAAAUGCCCCCGAAAGAACCUUCCCAAUAUGUUUAUGACUCCUUUGUUGUAGCUGAAGAACAUGAUAAAGAAUGUAUGAAAUCACAAAAUGAAACAUUGAGCCCGCUGGGACGAGCUGAACGUAUUUUAAAAGAACAAAAACGUGCACGAAAAAAAUUCAAAAAGGUCGCCCAGUUUAAGAAACGAAAGCGUAUUCACCAGCUUUCCGACAGUUCUGAUGACGACUUAAUUUUUCUUAAGUAAGAGUAUAAAUUUGUAUGUUUUUAUUUAAAAAAUGUUUAGCACACCUGAAACUUUAGUAAGUGAGUAGUAUAAUAGAUAUAUAUAUAUAUAUACAUAUACAAGUAUAAUUAAUAAAAUAUAAAAACUUAA